AUGUGGUCCAAAAAAAGCACACUCCAAUCGACGAACAAUCGCUCUGCACCUUGCACAAUAUUUUCUACAACCACUCUUUCGCCUCGCCAAAUCGCAAACAAAGCAUACACAUUGGGAUGCAAGAAAUUGGACAGAGAUGAUAAGCGAAGCAAGCAGCAGUAUCAUGUUCGCGAACGACUGCUGCUCUGCAACACAAUCUCAAAAGCUGAGGAAAUGUUGAAUGCAAGAACAAGACGCACAAAUCGACGUGUGAUGUCGGCAGAAGAUGAGGAGGAGGAGAAUUACACUAAUUCUAGCCACAUGAAGCCUCACCAUCAUAGCAACAGCGAGCAUCAUUCUCCCUUGCGAAAUUCCAGCGAUGAUCUGGACGAAGAGGAGGAAGAAUCAAUACAACACACGCCGCCAUCUCAUAUACCCUCAUUAUCAUCAAACAUAACAGCAUCCACCACAUCUACAUCUAUAGCAUCAUCCCCAUCCACAUCAUCCACAUCAUUGCCAAAUACUACGCCCAAUUCAUCCAGCAGCAACAGCAAUUUGCUGCCUCGUGAUUGCAGAAUAACAAUUACACCCAACAGUGAAAUUGUAACUUCUCCUAUUGCAACAAUCAUAUAA